UCCCUGCAUCGUGCACAAAUCCACUCCGACCGAAAAUUGAGAUUUCCAUCGGGGUGGGUGUGAAUGGUCACGAUCCCUGCAUGGCAGAGAGGGGAAAUGCAACCCCCGCCACAAACCCCGCCUGAACUUCGUCAUGGCUGCUCCGCGAUGGUUACAAAAGCUUUCCCUCCGACCACCGUGAGCUACGACUUGCACUCAGCGGAAUUCCUAGCAAAGGCAUCAUGGGUUCCCUUGGAGAUGUCCACCGACGCCCAUACCAACCAACACCGGCCGACAUUACUAUCAACAAUCGCAGCCCCCAAGAUCCACCCAAAAUUCUGUUUCGGAAUGUCCGCAUUCUCGACUCAACCGGCGCAGAGCCAUAUUGUGGUGAUGUACUAAUUGAGGGCGAGCGCAUCCUCUCGGUCGGCCAAGUCGAUCCCACCGCCACCCAAGGAGCACUGGUCAUCGACGGUGGUGGCACCAAGACACUCAUGUCCGGACUGGCGGACUCGCAUACUCACCUCAGCUGGAACAAUGCGGCUACACUGGAUGAACUCACCAGUCUUCCGCUCGAGGAACAUGUCUUGCAUACUGCGAACUCAGCUCGAACCUACCUUGAUCACGGCUAUACCAUGUGUUUCGGAGCUGCUGCGGCCCAACCGCGACUCGACAUUGCCAUUAAAGCUGCAAUCAAAUCGGGAUUAAUCCCCGGCCCACGCACUUUGGCCAACUGUCCAGAGUUGACCAAGCCUGACGGAGCGAUCGUUCCUCAGAUCUCGCGCUAUGCGGAUGGGCCGGAGGAGAUGCGCAAGAUGGUUCGAGAAUUCGUCGAACUGGGCGCCGACAAUAUCAAGUUGAGUAUGACUGGGGACAACGUACACCCCACGAUGCCCAGUGAGGAAACGUACUUCGAUCUGGAGGAGACAGUUGCGGCAGUGGAGGAGGCACAUCUCCAUGGCAAACGGGUCUGCGCCCAUGCUCGGAGUGCUGCCUCGGUCAAGCAAUGUGUGCAGGCCGGUGUCGAUGUCAUUUAUCAUGCAAGUUUCACGGAUGAGGAAGGGAUGGAUCUUCUCGAGCAGCACAAGGACUCGGUCUGGGUCGCUCCGGCUAUCAAUCUCUUGUACGCGAUGGUGCAGGGUGAUGCAGAGCCUUACGGAGUGUCGCCCAAAGUGGCCGAGCAGAAGGGGAUCACGAACGAGGUCGAGGUCGCUUGUCAAGCCAUGCGCGAGAUGCGUCGUCGGGGGAUCCGCGUCCUCCCUGGUGGUGAUUACGGGUUUGCCUGGGCCCCCCACGGCACCUAUGCACGUGAUCUGAAGCACUUGGUGGAUUUGUUCGGGUACACGCCGAUGGAGAGCAUUCUGGCUGCGACCGCGAUGGCAGGCGAGCUCAUGGGCUAUCCGGACGAGCUUGGAAAAGUGCAGCCGGGCUAUUUCGCCGAUGUGAUUCUGGUAGAUGGCGAUCCUUUGCACGACAUCAGUGUCUUGCAGAACAAGAAUCGUCUACACGCGAUUGUAAUCAACGGCCACAUUCACCAGAAUAUUCACUCGACAGGAGAGGUUCUGGCGUGAGGACAAGGGAAAUUAUGGGGCUCAGGAGGGUUUAUGCGACCGCCACCCUCACUACACAGUCAUUGACACCAUAUCAAGGCCAUUUUCGCCUGUAUAAUCGCUCAGAAGUAAACCAAGUCAUGUCCC